UGUGCUGGCUCUAGAGACACUCUCCCUAGAACACACACCUGUGCUGCGACCUUUGGGUGACGGAUCCCCAUGACUAACCGAGGUUGACUUCAGAUGCACGAUUGUCGGUAUGGAUGAUCUGAGAUACUUCCUGAAUGCCAAGAGGAACACCCUUAAGUCCAUAUGCAUAAAGUGGGCAAUGGAUAGAAAAUGGUGUGUCCUGCCGUUGCUGACAGCUUGGAACGUCUGCAGCUUUACGAUUUUGACAUAGUCCGUUACAAAUUGACAGAGGCAUUCAUUGCCCUGGGAAGCCUCAAGAAGUUGGAGGAACUUGAUAUGUCAAUCCUUGAUCCAGUACCACCUAGCACAGCUGCUCUGGCAUUUAAAUUUGGUGGACUGCCGAAUCUGAGACUGCUGGAUCUACGACAAGGGUACAGCCUGGACGAUGAUAUGAUAAUCGCCGUGAGCACUGGGUGCCCCGCUUUGCAGCAACUCAUUCUCAGAGAAGCUGAGCAACUGUCCGAUGCGGCUUUCUCUCAGAUCUACCGCCUGGAACAUCUUGAAAUGUUCCGCUUAAAAUCCAACAACAUGUAAUAUGCAAAAAAGCUUUCUGCAGCCUUCAUGGGAUAAAGAAGGCACGGGUUGAAUGUCUAGCUUCAUUUGCAUCCGAAAAUAUUGGUCCACCCGCAGAUCAUAGAGGAAAACAUGAAAACAGGCCUAACAGAACUGGAUGUGUCAUGUUGCACAUGGCUUGGUCGAGCCCUGAUGUCCUACCUUGCCAGGCUGCCACGACUUCACAAAUUGGUCAUGGAGGAAAUAGAGUUUCCCAAUUUGCAGCCAGGCCUGAGCAGUAUCCUCCAGUUGUCGGGUAUCCAAUGCCUGAUACUCAACUUUUCCAACAUUACAGGAGUGCCCUUUGAUAAGUUUCCAGGAAGGCUUGUCAGUCUCAGGGAGCUAAGAAUCCAGUGGUGUAGAGGUGACCCUAAUGUCACAAAUCUGCUGACUGAGCAGAUGCCUAGCCUUGAAAUCCACAGCAGCUUUGAAGAGGAGACACCAGCUUACAACACAGAGGGUCAGGAGAGUGACGCACAAGUCGCAGAGGAAGAAGAUGAAGAGAAUGCAGGGCCUUGCGAUGCAGAUGAAUCGCAGGAUGGCAGUUGGGAGAAUGACAAAGAUAGUAACGAUGAUAGCUGCAGUAGCAGUGAUAGUGAAAGUAAUAACAUUAUUUGGGAUGAAAGUAGUAUAUCUGUUCUCUUUUUAGAGGAUAUAUAAAAGUGGUGUGAU